AGCUUCAUAAAUCAUAAUAAGAUCAGGCCUUCCCCCUUUUCCCCUACCAAAUUUCCACGGCCACUUCCUAGACUACUGUUGGAAAUUUCUCUUAAUUUCUUCCAAAACUUUGGUAUAUAUGGCUACGAAAAGCGGGAUUUUGAUAAUCGGAGGCACCGGUUACAUCGGAAAAUUCAUCGUGGAAGCGAGCACAAAGGCUGGCCAUCCCACCUUUGCUUUGGUCAGAGAGAGCACACUCUCCGAUCCCAAUCCUUCAAAGCGAGAACUCGUUGAGAAAUUCAACGACUUAGGGGUCACUUUGCUCCGUGGAGAUCUCUAUGACCAUGAGAGUAUGGUAAAGGCAAUGAAGCAGGUGGAUGUAGUGAUAUCAACGGUAGGGCCACCUCAAUUUGCAGAUCAGAUUAAGAUCGUUGCUGCCAUUAAAGAAGCUGGUAACAUUAAGAAGUUCUUCCCAUCAGAAUUUGGGAACGAUGUGGAUCGUGUGCAUGCUGUUGGGCCGGCGAAGAAAGCAUUUGCAACGAAGGCGGAAAUCCGCCGCACAGUGGAGGCAGAAGGCAUCCCCUACACUUAUGUGGUAAACAACUUCUUCGCUGGCUAUUUUAUACCUAUAUUGGCACAGCCUGAAGUUACUGCUCCUCCCAUGGACAAAGUCUACAUCUAUGGAGAUGGAAAUACCCAAGCUAUUUUUAACAAGGAAGAUGACAUAGGAACCUAUACGAUUAGAGCAGUGGAUGACCCAAGAACACUGAACAAGAUUCUCUACAUCAAGCCUCCUAAAAACUUUUACUCAUUCAAUGAGCUUGUUGCCCUUGGGGAAAACAAGAUUGGCAAAACUCUUGACAAAACCUAUGUUCCAGAAGACAAGAUUUUGAAGGACAUACAAGAGUCCCCAUUUCCAAUCAGUAAGAUACUAUCAAUCAACCACUCAAUCUUUGUAAAGGGAGAUCAGACCAACUUUGAGAUUGAGCCAUCUUUUGGCGUGGAGGCUUCUGAGCUAUACCCAGAUGUCAAAUACACCACUGUGGAUGAAUACAUCACUCAAAUGUUCGCAUGAAUGAUGCCAUAUAAGUACUUUGUUCUCUUUGUUUUUCUUCUUUCUUCUUUCUUCUUUUUUUAACUCUUUUAUUAGCAAUAAGUUCACUGAACAAAUUGUACUGAAAGAUGAUGAUCUAGUAUGAGUAGUCAUCCAUA